CCUGCUGUCCUCUCUGACUGACACUAUUGUAAUCGUGAUCCACGCCCUCUCGCUCUCACUCACAGCCAUCCAGAUUCUGCUGUACAUUCAGAGGAGAAGCAACACAAACACAUACAGGCACUCACAGGUUUCGAUAAUGGAGAAAGACUACAGACCCCCUCCUUAUUCUGGUCAGAUGGAUCAGACGGGCAUAAACUACCCUGGACAGCAGGCAGUGUACCCACCUCAAUCAGGGCCACAAGCUGCACCUUAUCAACCACCUCCAUAUGGGUUUGGGGAUCAUACCAUCACUGUCCAGCCCACGAUCGUCCCUGUGGUUGCACAGAUGGUGGUUGUGAGUCUUACUGAUAUACCGGGCCGCAUUACCUGUCCUCACUGCAUGACGGACGUCCUCACAGAAACUGAACAUAUCAAUGGAUUGCUCACCUGGCUAAUUUGUGGAAGCCUUGCAAUAUUUGCGUGCUGGCUCUGUUGUUGCAUCCCGUUCUGUGUGGAUGCAUGCAAGGAUGUGAAGCACACCUGUCCAAACUGCAAAAACAUCAUCCGCAUUUACAAACGUAUGUAAAACAUGCUGCACCAGAGAACAGGAAGAUUCACCAAAAUACUGAAGAGCUGCCCAGAAAUCACUUUAUGCACUGUUACCUUAUUACAAAUUUGUGACAUUCAAAGCAAUUCAACAAAGAGUGAUUGAAGAUAUGAUAGAGUCUAUUUACUUUUAUUUACGUUUUACUUUUAUUGAGAUAUCUCUAUCAAUUUGUAUAUAUACAGUGCCGUGAUAGGCAGGUUUGGACAGCUUUUUACCAUUAAUAAAUGAAAUCAUAAUUUAAAAA